GAUCAAGGGACACUGCGACGCAAGAGAGAAAAACCGGUAAUGCCAAAUGGCAAAGAAUUGGAACUACCUAUAAUGGGAUUCCAACAGUCCGGGGGCAUUAAGAUCAUGGGAGCUAUAAGGAAAUCGGGAGGAAAGCAAGUCAACAAUAAAAGUCAAAUGAAUAAACCUUACAAAAAAAAAAAAGAGUUAAGUAUAAUUUUUGACAGCACGAUGAAAGUAUAUGGCCCUGAAAUUGGAAAUACCGGGAUGUUGUGGGAUCAAGACCACUAUGAAUUACCAAUGCUUCAAAAAAGAAAACAAGAAUGGGAUGCUGUGUAUAUAAAGGGAAGCGUAUGCACUAACAAGAUCAAAACCACACCGAAGAAUCAGUAUACCAGGUUGCAGAAUAAAGAAGAAAAGGAUCUUCACAAGAAAAACUCUGGGAACGUUGGACAUUGUGGAAAGAAAAAUCAAAAGAGUUUAAAUGAAUAG